CACCGCAACUUAUUUGAAUGACUCCGGUGAGGGAGCGGAGGAUAUUGAGGAAGAAGAUCCUAGUGGCGCCGGUGAGGAACAAGAUCAUCAUAAUGGCUCCCGAACUGUAGUUAUCACCGAGCCCUCCGGAUCGAGCACUUCUUCUGUAAAGUCGAGGAAGCGAGGCCCGGCCAAAAAGUUGGAUGACGGUGUUAGGCACGACAUCACCCACAUCGAGAAGGAUGGUAAACCGAUUGCUCCAGAGAAAGGUGCAAAGGCAUUUAUAGCUCAAUGCGGAGUGCUUGUUAGGGACCACGUCCCGAUCACCGUUCGAGAAUGGCACAAGCCGAAGGGACUAGUGCUGUCUGCAGAGGAAGAAGCUCAAGGUCUUUAUAUCGAUGAUGUAGCCAAAAACAGCAUUAUGAACAAGCUCAUGGCACAUUUCAACAUAGUACCCGAAGAGGGGGGUGACGCUGAGAAGGCCAAGAUGGAGCAGGCCCUCCGCGAGUUUGGCAAGAAGAAGAUGGCCGAACUAUUCAAGAGCCACAAAAAAAGAUUGCGCCGCCUUAUCAAGUUAAAGAAGACUCCGGACAGUGAGAAGGUAAAAAAUCACUGGGACGAAUUCGUGAAGUACAGCACGGAGUCAGAAGAAUUUUUGAGAAGGUCGGAAAUAAAUAAGGCAAAUGCUGCGUUGAAGCUAUAUCACCAAAUUCUGGGUCCAGGUGGAUACAGGGCUAACCGUCCUAAGUGGGAGGCAGCUGAGGCGGAACUGACCAGUAAAGGGAUCAGAUUAGGGACACACGGUUGGAUCGAACGGUGCAAGGAGUGGUUCUACGGGAUUGGGGGAACGUUGGAUCCAGAAACAGGGAAGUGCAUCUAUAAGAAAGCUCAUCUGAAGGUUCCCAUUGAUGCCCUGGAAAAGGCACAUAGGGACGUGGAGGCGGGGUUGUUCCAGCCCGAAAGAGAGAACGAUGAGCUGACACGCGCCCUUGGGAACAAAGAACACGGCGGACGAACACGAGGCACAGCAGGCUCCGUUCCGUGGAAGUAUGGCUUUCCUGCGGAAAGGAAGAGAUUUCCUGAUAAAAGCCAUGAGAGGAGGAAGGCAAGGGAAACAGACCGCCUGGCUAACUUAGAGGAGGGUAUGAGCACCAUGCAAGCCCAAUUAACCAUGGUAACCCAAGUACUUACAUCUCAGAUGGCUCGGGGGCAGGCUGUAGAUCCUGCACUGCUCAAUGCCAUCGCCCCGCUGCAAUCUCAACCACACCGGAAAAGCAGCGUGGCUUCCUCUCAGCAGGUGGAUAAUGAUGAUGAUGAUGACCAGGUGGUCGAGCCUCCUCGCUACCCCCCCGUGGAUGAUCUCACUGAGAGCCGUCCUUGUGAGCUGCAUGUUAAAGUUUUCAACCUAUCCUUCAAGGCGGCGGUCGGCAUCCUCUUACCUACAAGGUCUUACCAUUGCCGUCCGGUCCAAGAUGACUUUGUCUGUUGUGAUGGUGGAUGA